UCUCAGGGACAAACAAUCAGUAACACAAUCAUCGAUAUCGCUAUGCCACCAAGUGGUGGACUUUCCCUGUUCAAUGUAUAUGUCGCACUCUCUCGAGGACAUGGUCAUGACAAUAUACGACUACUGCGGGAUUUUGAUGAAAAGCUGCUCACAACUCACCCAAGUGAAUAUCUUCAGAUUGAAGACCAACAAAUUAUGAAGCAUGACCGAAUAACAGAGGAGUGGUGGGAUUUAAAGAAGCAGGAAGGUGUUAUAUAUUGA